AAUGGCUCAGCAUCUAUCUCUCUCUUCAGAUCCAUAAAUCAAUUCAUCCAACGGCUCAGAAUCAAUCUCUCUCCAUACUAAUCCACUUUAUAUAUAACUAACCAAACUGACUCAAUCUUCUUAAGGAUAUAACAAAAACAUUUUCAGAAAUGGCGACUUUGGAAUCUCCGUUAGAGGUUUUGGCUUUCGACUACGUCUUUAACAAUCUCUGGACAUGGAUAGCCGUCGUAACGGCCGCCGUUAGUUUCUGGCGUAUCCGAGCCACCACCACCACAACCACAGUGAUCAGAGACAAUGGUUUCAUAGAUGACUCUCCACGUGAGCCACCGUUGCCACAAGCGACGAAGGCUCCUAGGGUUAAGGUAACAGAGACAAAACCUCCUAGGGUUAAGGUAACUGAGACAGGAGAUUGGAGUUUGUUGUUGUGUAAUGACGGAGUUACAAAGGGGAAGUUAACGGUGUACUACGAGGAAGAGAUUGAGAGAGAGAUAGAUGAAGAUGACGGAGAGAUAACGGACGUUAAGUAUGGUGGAGGUGAGAGUGGAGAGUGGUGGGAGAGAUGGGAGAGAGUUGUGAAGAUGAGAAGCGGAGAUGAAGGUUGGUACCGUUAUGUGGAUUUAGCGGUGAUUAACGGGAGUGUUGUGAGGUUGUGGGAUGCUACUAAUGGAGUUCGUAAUGGUGGUUGGGUUAGUGUGGAGCGUAAGGAGUGCUUUUGUUGAGACAUGUUGGGGAAGAAAAGUUAUAAUUUUUUAAUUUGAGCAUGAUUAUUAUGAUUUAUUGAACCUUUUUUUGGUUUAAAGUCUAAUUUUUGGUGUAAUUUGUAUAUAUAUUUUAGUGGUAUAACUAUAUAUGAUUGUUGAAUAAGAUGAACAAGUUCAA